AUGUUUUGAUAAAAAUGGCUCAUAAAAGCAAUGUGAGGGAUGUAUAACAAGUCAUUCUUCAAACGAGUGAUGUUUUACUUUUACUUUUAAUCGAAUCGUCAUUAUUUCUCGUUAUCGUCAUCAUAAUUUCAAGCAGCCGGAUCGGUGGAUGUUAAUGAUUUCGGUAGCUGCGUAUAGCUACAUCGUAAUUCGUAAUAUUUUCGACGAACCUAUACCAUACCUACUUAAUCGACGUAAAAUCAGAAAACCCGGCGAAGGUUGUUAUUAUUUCCGUUUGGGAGUUGCGACUGAUAAAUAAUUUUCAACGAAGAUCUUCCGUUACCUCAACUUUGACCUAGGCAAUAUAAUCGAGCAUGGAGCAAGUAUAGCGAGUGGUACGAAGAAGAAAACCGAACCACGGUGUUCCAUACGCCGAUACGCGUAGCCGUUGCACGAGUCCAAUGUACCCUCUUGGAUAGCAACUGGAUUUUUUGCUCUGCACUUGGACGUUUUGCGGGCCGGUUCACAAGGACAUCAACUGUUUACGCACCGAAACUAUGAUAUUUUCCCAGACCGGUGUCGCUAUUUUCUCGCAUUUCGUUCCCGAUGCUCUAAGAGGAUCGAUUAAGUAAUUUUCAAAGGCAUAUACACGUUGAUGCUAACGAUUGAUGUUCAACCAUGGAUCGUCGAGUAACAACGCUUACGUAUUUCUUUAUCGUUUAUUCGUUGUUUUGCGCGGUAGCCCUCGAAAAUAAUACCGAAAAGGAUGUGCGCAAAAUUAUCGAAAGCGAAAAUGAGUUACCUUCUAACGAGCACGUUGAGCCCGAAAGUGUGCAAAAUGCAAAAUCAGAUUUUCCCCAAAGAAAAUGGAUUUCGCAGUUGUUCUACGAAGCUGAAAUGGCAUUUCAGAUGGAUUCUAACGCCAAUGCCGAAUGCAAAAGAGACUUCGACUUAUAUAAAUUACAUCUGAGGAAUCAAUCUGUUUGGGCUGUCAGAAUGAUGGAAUCAUCAGAAUGGCCAUCAGUUGGGAUUUUUUCUGGUAUGGUUGCUCAUUUGGGAAACUACGACGAAUGUUUGAAAAUUUCUUCAUACGGUGUCAAAGGACAAUACUGCUUGGCUGAAGUUGACUAUGAUUACCCAGAUGUAUCACUCAGUGAACUCGUCGAGGUGCCAGAUGAAAAACGUUCUGCUUGGGAGGCUCUUACGAUGUAUCAGAAAAAUCCUGUCAGAGUUGAUAGAACGAAACUGAGUUUUGCCAUGUGUAUACCAUCAUCUUGUAAAUCCACCGAUUUAAAGAUUUCCCUCAAUAGCACUCUUUAUCCAGUAUUCACUGAUCACGGACUUAAUGUAUCAGUUGAUGUGAACCCCACAUUCUGUAAAAUACAAAAAGAAUUUACUUAUUCGCAAGGAUACUUUACUGUCAGAUGGUUUUUCGUGAUACUUUUCUUGCUUGUAAUUUCUUCCACUUGUUACGAUAUCGCUAUGUAUGCUUCCAGUGAUGAAAUAAAAAAAAGUAAACCAAGUGGCGCAUUGAGAGACAUAUUCAAAGCAUUUUCUAUCGUCAGAAAUUUCAGAAAACUGAAAAAAGUAAACCCAAAAACCGAUUACGCUCCAUUGCAUUUUAUAAAAAUUCUCAACAUUUUAUUUGUAAUUUACGGACAUCGUUUUAUCUACUUCAUCGGUUUUCCUAAAUUCAAUGCCGAAGGAGCCGAACAACAUUACACCUCUUCUAGCAUCGAAUUAAUACACACAAAUGUUGUGGAUGUGUUUUUCAUGGCCAGUGGUUUUUUGACGUUUCAUUUUGGGUUUUUACCAAUGAUGAAAGGUGGAGGAUUUUACCUGUUCUUCAGCAUCCUUUUUCGAUGGAUAAGAAUGGUUCCGGUAUUCGGAAUUUUGGUAUUAUACAUCAUCUACAUAUUGCCAUACACGAGUGAAGGUCCUAUGUGGGAUUACAGAAUAAUGAACGAAGUCACCAAGUGCCAGGAAAGUUGGUGGGCCAAUUUAUUGGUCAUUAACAACAUUGUUAAAACUGAUCAACAGUGCUUAUUGAUUAGUUGGUACAUAUCAGCGGAUAUUCAGUUGGCCAUCAUUGGAGGAAUUUUACUAUACAUUUUCACCAAAAAUAGGAAGAUUGGAAUCUUUGCGAUAUUUUUCGCAUUAAUGGUAUUCGCUGCUAUAACAUUUACAGUUGCUUACAUAAACCAGUUCCAUGGAAUUCUGAGGCUUUACAUGAGCUUAUUAGAAGAACCUAGAAAAGAAUAUGAAUUUACCAAUUUUUAUGUUGCCACGUAUACAAGAGCAGGACCUUACUUGAUAGGAAUCCUUGCUGGCCUCGUGAUAAAAAUACUAAAAGAUAGAGAAUUCCGAUUCAGCGAGAAACAAAUAUACUUAGUUUCAUUUUUAUCCAUAUUGAUCAGUGAAGGAAGUCAGUAUUACGGAUGCUUAUUCUACGAUUUUAAUAGACAAUACGAUAGAUUUGAAAGCGCUUUAUAUGCUGCUGUAAAUCGUUCGUUAUUCGUAUUCACAUACGCUGUCCAUAUAGCUUUGUAUUUUACAUCAGGUUUAGGAAUAUUUAAUAAAUUUUUCGAAUGGAAAGUAUGGGUUCCAUUUGGACGAUUAACAUACUCAGUUUUUCUAGUCAAUACUGUGAUUCAAUUGUAUCACGCCUCUUCACAAAAACAACCAAUGCCAUUAUCUUCUAAGAUGAAUUUGGUGUGGUGGGCUCUUGGCGAUGUAAUGUGGUGUUACAUAAUUGGCUUAGUUUUACAUUUAUUCGCAGAAGCUCCAAUUUCAAAUUUGUCCAAAUUAUUGCAGAGACACUUAUUAAAAUCUUUUGUGAAACCAAAAACGGACGAAUGCAUCGAAAAAAUCGACUCCAACGUCGAAGCUAAUGAGACAAAAACAGAGAAAAUCAGCGAUGUCAUUUCCAGUUCUAAUGGAACUUGCCCACCAUAUGGUUACCAUAAUGAAUGCUACAUCAACAACGAAAUAAUUCCAAAGAUUUCAGAGUCAUCAAAAUUUUAAGAAAAAUAGUAACGACCUACUACUCAAUUUUAUUGGCGCAUUCAAUAUUUAGUAGUCACUGUAAGCUGUACCUGUUGUGAACAGUUGGGGUGUUCGAUUAAGGAAGAAUGAAUCCUACUAGGAGUAACAUCAACUGUCUGAAUCAAAAUGAAGUUGAUAUGGGUAACUUGCUGUAGUAUAGUACAGCGCUUGAUGUUUCAGCUUCGAAUAAGAAAUAUUGUGAUAUGAUUUUUUAAUCUCUCGAGUUUUAAGAUUUACCUACUUAGUCCACAUGCAUUCGGCAUUUAGAUUGUUAGCAGUUCAAAUUGAUUUUUUAUACCUAUUUAUAUUAUUUUUUUACUUUAAUUUAAAUGAUUUUGUGAGAAAUAUUUAAUUAGAGAUAUUUUGUAGGGGUUUGAAAAUACUCGUGUGAACAAUAUUAAGUAUAUCUUGUGGAUAGUUGAAGUAAUUCACCUGAUUCUUGAAUAUUUAUUGUGAUUUUUUUUCUUUUAUAAGUUAGGAUGUAAUAAUUAGUCCCUUAAGUUAGAGGGAAUUUAGCAUCAGUGCUUGUGUACGAAAAACAGAUGUUUAUUAAAUUUUUGAGGAUCUCGUUUUAAACACAAAUUGAGAAAAAAUAUAGCGUUUUUCCAAAUAAA